AUGACUCUUCCAACUACCCAGAAAGCUAUUUACUUCACUGAGAACGGAGAUCGCGACGUUCUCAAGUACGAAGACGUACCAGUUCCUAAGAUUGGAGAGGACGAAAUCCUUAUUAAAAACAGGUACGCUGGAAUCAAUUUUAUUGAGGUUUACUUCAGAAAGGGUGUCUAUCCAAGUGAGAAGCCUUACACUUUAGGUCGUGAAGCCGCCGGUGAGGUUGUUGCAGUUGGAUCAAAGGUCGACAAAGUCCAAGUCGGAGAUAAGGUCGGAUACUUGUAUCCUGGAAGUUUCGCUCAGUACACCAAAGUUCCAGCUUCACACAACAUUCUGAAGCUGCCUAAGGAUACCUCUGACGAUCUCUUGAAACUUGUGUCUGCCUCGUUGCUUCAAGGAUUAACCGCAUUGACUUUUAUCUACGAAGCAUACGAUGUGAAGGAAGGUGAUUACAUUCUUGUUACUGCCGCUGCCGGUGGUGUGGGUCUCAUCUUGAAUCAAUUGCUAUCUAAAGUCAAGAAAGCUCAUGUGAUAGCACUUGCUUCAACAGAGGAGAAACUUAAGCUUGCCAAAGAAGCGGGUGCUGAAUUCUUGAUCAAUUCUUCCACAACAAGUCAAGAGGAGCAAAUCAAGAAGAUUCUUGAGAUCACUAAUGGUGAGGGCGUUGCCGCUUCCUUUGACUCUGUUGGAAAAGAUACACUCGAGCUUUCUUUGGGAGCAGUUGCCAGAAAAGGUACAUUUGUCUCGUAUGGUAACGCAUCGGUAUAA